UAACCAAGGCAUAAGUUGGGUACUCCAACUCUGGGAGCAAAAGGCAAAAAAAAAAAAAAAACAUUUAUAUGAGCUUGGACUCAUAACUCAAUAAGGUUAAUAUUUUUGAGUCAUUUGUGUCCAAGUAUUUUAGUCUAGUCCAUCUCCGAUCAUGGGCUUUUGCAACUCAUCGUCAUUGUAUUUGGAGCAAGGCGUUCAUGUGUGGUCAUCAAAAUUCGGGCCUAAAUCAGUAUGAAGAUGUGUUGUAUGAGCUUCUGGAGCUUGUGGACUUGUUCGGGAGAUUUUAAACAGCCUACAGGGGUUGAUAUCGUAGCUAUGGGAUUAUCCUCAUCAUAUUCUUGGUGUUAUAUUUGUCCUUUAUUUUACAUGCUUAAGGGACAGUAAGCUUUUUUAGUCGUUUCCUAUCAGAAAAAAGUCCUUGGGCAUUAUUGCCGGUGGUUUACGGUUUAAUAUCAUAAAUGUGACUCUAAGGUGGUCGCAGAUUACCUGAUUGAUAUCAAAAAAUUUUCACUUCAUUCCUCGUUUGAGCUCAAACAUAACCGUUGUGUAUCCUUUGUAGCUUGAAUACUUCUACUGAUUUUGUGGUAUACUAAGCUCCUCACUCGAUUACAAAUAUGCACCUAUCUUCCUGCAUCAUAACCUUGGCUCAAGGAGUUCAUCUCUCACAGUAGAAUUAUUGAUGUCAUCUCUGGUGAAAUUUAUCCUUAGACAUCAUACACACUGGAAUCUCAAAGGCUCAAACAGUCAAAAAUAUUUAGUUGGAUGCAAAGCAAGCUCAGUGGCAAUCACGAAGAGAAGAGAUUGGAUGUUGGUUCUUGCUUAUCUCGUUGCACAUCUAUUCCUGAUGAUCAUAAAGAAGAAUUCAGCGAUUGGCCUCGAUCACUGUUUGCCAUAGGAACCUUUGGUAAAACUGAUCCAACAGAAGAGAAGACACAAGGCCAUAAUUGUCCUGAGUACUCAACAUCACCUCAAGAAUUAGACUACUCUCUUGAAGAAGUGAUCAAGCUACAGAAGGAACUAACAAUUUUAUUGUCUCGUCAGACAAAGUCUAGCAUCGAUGGAACCAAUAUCCCAUUGGAUAGAUUUCUAAAUUACCCAUCGAGUUUAGAGGUUGAUCGCAGAGAUGGGGUGAAGUUUUCUGAUAACCAGGAGAGUGGAGAGAAUAAUGGUGAUCUAUCACCUGAUAGUAGGAUCAUAUUAAGUAUAGCCAAAGAUAUACUAGCAGACAAACGCAAUGCAAUCAAGCAAAAAUCAUUCUCAUUUCUUCUCAAGAAGAUAUUUGUUUGUGGCGGUGGAUUUGCACCUGUUCCGAGUUUAAAGGAUCAACCUUCAGAAACAAGGAUGGAGAAGUUAAUGAAGGUUUUACUUCAUAAGAAGAUACAUCCUCAAAGUUCUGCAGCUAUGUUGGCCAAAAAGUGUUUGGAGAGAAUAUCAGUGGCGACAUUGGAAAAUAAAGAGCAGAUACAGGAUAAAGAAGAAGAUGGAAGUAAAUGGGUCAAGACCGAUUCUGAUUUUAUUGUUCUAGAGAUAUAGCUGCCAUAUACACCUUCCCAAGCUUUACUAGGUACUAUUGCCUAGUAAGUUUGAUGCUUGAGAUCAAUGAACAAUGAAGAUUUAGAGCCAAAGUUCUAAGAUGAAUCAGAAACUCUCAUAUCUAGCAGUUUCUUGGGAGACAUGUUCAUGUCAAUUGGGGUCUUUGAAUAUAUGUGAUCUAUAUUGUGAAUCAUGUUUUGAGCAACAGUUCAAAUAAUUAGCGUAUAUAAAUUAUUAAUGUGAAUCAGAGGAGUUGAAGAAAUAAUUGAAAGGAUAGAGAACGGGGAAAGACUGUUACAGGCAUCGAGGAACAUUUAGCUUUUACCUGGGUUACUUCACUCAAUCUCUAGGAUCCUUGAAGUUUGCUGAUCAGUAUGAGCCUUGAGCAUCAGUUGGAAUUUGGAAACUUGCUCUUGUGAUAGUAAUGUUUGAUGAAUGUAAGUUUUAUUAAGGAAGAAAUUUUCGAUUUAAA